AUGUUGUUUAAGAGAUAUGUGGAGAUCGGGAGGGGAGCUCUUGUCAACUAUGGUAAAGACUACGAAAAGCUUGUUGUCACUGCCGAUGUCACUGACCAGAAUCGAGCUCUAGUUGGGGCCCCUGAGAUGGUGAAAGACAAAAGAAGUUGUCAGAGAAAGAUCAAAAUGGCUGUCAUGAUGAAAAUCGAUGCCGAAAAGACAAGGCCCGAGCAUUUAAUGCUCGCGGAACUCGAAGCGGCACAUCGAUUGAUGAAAAAUUUAAUGCUUUCCCGAUAUUCGAUACGCACUGAUAGAGACCAGAUGGAGAGAACGGAUAGAAAAGAGAUCAGAAGGACAAUAAGAGAUUAG